UUUACCGAAUCAAAAGCAUAAGGAGUGAUCCUCCUCCGAUGGUUUAUGGGUGGAAACAAGAUCACAAACUUGAUGCAGAACGGCCAAUGCAGAGCACUUUUGUAUGUAAUAUUAUAAGGACCAAAUCCCCAAAGUCCUUGCCGCAAACCGACCUCUUCCAUUCCUCUAUGCCUCUAUAAAAUCAGCCGUGCAUCUCUGAGACGACCAUCUGAUCUCACCCAAGAUGACGAGCCUCUCUUCUUAUGUCUUGCUUCUCAUUUGCGUGGCCACACUGCAGGCCAGUGCAUAUGCAUCCCAAGAGGCUCGGCUGAGAGAGUUCAUCUCUUCUAGGAAGGACAUUGACAGCACCACCGACACUUUUAGUGUGCGUAGCAUAGCCGAGCACGAGAGGGUCGCUGGCAGCCUGGGUACAGAGAGCUCUGUGUCUGAGCAGAGCUCUCUGAAGGCGGCCGACAAGAUCACGGCGUUGCCGGGCCAGCCGGAGGGCGUCAACUUCGACCAGUACGGCGGAUACGUGACCGUCGACGAGGAGAACGGCCGCGCCCUCUUCUACUACCUCGUCGAAUCGCCUUUUGGUGCCUCGGACAAGCCACUCGUCUUGUGGCUCAACGGAGGUUAG